AGGUCUCUUUGAAGCAGAAACAAAUUGCGUUUAUUGAAUUCUAACUACUUUGUUUUCGAAAUAUCGAACAGUAAUAUACAUACUUGGGUGAUCCGUAACUCAACUGUGUCAGUUACUCAUUAAAAUCGCAAAUUGAACUUGAAAUUACAACUACUUUUUUUAAUCAAUAGUUAACUACAAACUUGAACGAGGUAUCUCUAUUACAAAUCCUAACGAGUCGCUAAUAUCCGCCUGCAUUACUUCAACUUUUAUUAAUAGUGACAUUCCGGAGGAAAGAGUAAAGCAGCUAACUAUUUUUAGCUGAGAAAAGCGAAAGCCGCUUAAAAAAUCAAUUCUGGUAUUGCAGUAAUAAGUAGUUUAAAGAUGAAUAACUCUCAGUUUUCCAAUAAUAUGCGUUUUGUUUAAAAGGUUCACUCGUGAUUUUAUCGAUCAAAAUAGUUGAAAUUAUCGAUCUAUUUUAAACUGCAACAAGAAUACAAUACGUUGUUAAAGUUUCCACCAAUUGUUAUCUAUUUUUGAAAAAGAUUUUUUUAUAAUAUCUGGCGCAUUUUACGUAUCUUUUCAAUAUUAAAAUGGGCAUAAAAUAUUCAUUUGUCGACCUGAAAACGAGUACAAAGAGAAAUGACUCCUCUAUUAUUAAACAGUACUCGCCAGAUAUUGGAUGGACAAACCGCGCACUCAUCAGAAAAAUAUGGAAGUGAUAAAUUAUUUACAGGAGACUCAUGUUUAUUGUAUCGUUUGCCAAAAAGAUUUUUCUUUAUACUGAAUGAUGCUACUUCAGAUUUAUUGUUUCAACUUUCGAGAAAUAAAUCUCACGACUAGAUAAACAUUUUAAUUUGUUUCCUGUCGAUAACAUUAUUUGCUGCAGCGUGGGGUAUGUAUCUAUCGAUUUGCGAAGCACUUAAUUAAUUUACACUUAAUAGCCAAUAAAACCAAUUAUACUAUUAUCAGAGUUCAAGGUUUACAUUUCAGCAAAUAUGUCGAAAAAUCUUCAUCAGCUUUGGAAAGCAACACGUCAAAAUCUAUAACACUCAUUUGUGAUACAUAUUUGUUGGUUUGAAAGUCUUUUUCUAGUUAUACUAAAGUGUUAUUUGGGACAGAAAGAAGACAAAAAAAAAAUAGCCUAGCCGCCUAUUAACACGCGACUUGUGCAUUGUAAAAUCUAAUUAUCUAAAUUUCAGGAAGCUUAUUUCAGUACAAAAAUAAAUAAAUCCGAAUAUGUUUGAAGAGUUUCUAUUUUAAGAGCUGGUUAGUAAUUUUUUUUUUUUUUUGCGCAUAAGACAACUUUGUGACUAUUUUAAUGCCUUUAACUGCGCUUUUCUAACGACAACAAUGCACGAAACUUAUUUUUCAUAUUUUUUCCUUCUUUGUUAUAUCAAGCCACCAACUGAAAAAUAUAGUUUUCAGUAAAUUCAGCAACGUACCGAGUACAACAGUGCAACACUGUUAGGGUAAUAAAUAAUUAAAUUCCAUCACAAUAAUACUCUAAUAAAUUAUCUGUUGUGUUUACUUCAUUUAUGAAUUUCCACAAUAAAUUUUUGUUUUACAUGCUAAAAAAACGUACAUCAACGCGAAUUUGUUUUAAAAAAAAAACAUGUGUUUUAAUCAGAUUUAAUUGUUGUUGGUGCAUCUAGUAUUUGAUUGAAAUAAAGUUGUUGAAGCGAUUUUGUCGGAAAGUUCAAAAGGCUUUUAAUUAUUAAAAUCGACUAAACCGAUUCGGGAAUUACGUUUAAUUAAUUUUAGUUCAGUCAGAUUUGUCGGUGCGUUUUAUAAUUAAAUAUUAAAUCAAAUGAAAAUGACCGAACGGUAUACCUUGUAAAUAUUUUCUAACCUUGAACAUGAUAAAAAUGUAACUGAGCUUUCGCCGGAAGCAAAUGUAAUUUAAAAAAUAAUUGCUAUCUGAAGCGGUUUGCUUGAGAAUCAAUAAACCUGUGUAUAUAAAGCAUCUCUUUGAUUUUACUUUUAUUAGUUCGAAUUAACAAAGCAAACGAAAUAAUUUUCUUUUGAUAGAUAUAUUUUUUGUCAGGGAUAAAUAUAUCAUCAUUUAAAAGGUGUGUGAUACCGCGUUCUCUAUUGUGCUUUUAAUGUAGGUAUUUUCAUGGCUGAAAAGUGCAUACAAACUGUAUUAGGUAGUUUUUAUCGCACUACCCGGUGCCAGUCUGUAACACCCCCGCUUUAGUAAGGACCAACAAACUUUGAAAAUGAUCGAUUUAGUAGAUUUUGUUUGUUAGUUUACCUACCAUGGAGGCCUGCUUCUCAGCAUUUGAUAAGAACAGUGAUGGCUAUUUAGAUUUGGAAGAGUUUCGGUUGUUGACUCGUGCCCUUUUCCGGAAUGAUAAAGGGAAGAUCUAUAAUUUAGAAGAAGAAAAGCUUCGAGAAACCUUUAACGUAUUUGAUUGCAACAAUGACGGAUUCAUUGAUAGAGAAGAGUUCGUUUUUUGUUGGAACCAUUGGAUCAAAAUCAUAGUCCGGCCGAUCUCAGCCUUCUUAAUAGUCGACGUUCAGAAUGACUUUAUAAGUGGUACACUAAACAUAAGUAAUUGUUCUGCACAACAAAAUGGAUUAGAAGUAGUAGAACCUAUCAAUCAUUUGUUGGACACCGUCCAAUUCGAUGUAGUAUUCUACUCUCUAGACUGGCAUCCUAGUAACCACGUAUCAUUUAUCGAUAAUAUUAGUCAAAGGGAGAUCCAUCCAUCAAGUUCCGUCACAGCUGAAAAUGCACAAACUUACGAUACUGUCAUUUUUGCCGGGCCUCCUCCUAUGAAGCAGCGCUUGUGGCCCCGUCACUGCGUCCAAGACACAUGGGGCUCGGAACUCCACAAGGACCUCAAGGUUGUUGAGAAUUCGAUAAAAGUGUACAAAGGCACCAAUCCAGACGUCGAUUCCUAUUCGGUAUUUUGGGAUAAUAAGAAAAUGACAGAUACGACUCUUUGCGCUCAGUUGCGAAUGCGAAAUGCGACGGAUAUAUACAUUUGUGGUUUAGCAUAUGACGUAUGUGUAGGUGCAACGGCUGUUGAUGCACUUGCAAUUGGUUACAGAACGAUUCUUCUCGACGAUUGCAGCCGAGGGGUUGAUUUGUUGGAGAUAGAAAAGACUAAAAAUACAGUCAUUAAGAACAACGGGGUUAUUAUCAAUUCGAAUCAAGUCAAAGCGAUGGUUGAAGGGCGAGACAGGCGUCCAGAACUGGGUUAUAAAUUAGCAAUGGAACUCAAAAUGAACAAACUGGAGAAUAAUCAUUAAUUAUUUUUGAAAUAUAUCGUUUGCUAGUUAUUACUAUAUUGCCAGGUAGAGAAUUUAAACGAAUAUGAGAAAAAAAUGUGGCUCCAGUGCCAGUAUUUGCUUUUUGUGUGUGUAUAUGUGUGUGUAAAAAAGCAAUUUGUGCAUAAUUGUAUUGAAAUUGUAUAUGAAUGAAAUAAAAUUGGU